AUGACCAACCUUGAGCGUAUACGAGCAGCUGCUUAUCGUUCUUUCUUGCACCUCAACCACAUCCGCUCCCUCACCACCUCCUCUCCAUCCUCACGCCAGGAAUAUGAUAUUUCUUCUAGAUUAGUCCCUGAAAACGGUGAGUAUAUGGACACAGGAAGUGACGUCAUUUGGAUAAAAUGCUUACAAAGUUCCAAUGUCUUUAACCCUGCAGAAUCUUCCUCUUGCAGCUACUAUUUGUGCGAUUCCCUUUCUUGUAAUGAUCUAGGUACAAGCGGCAACACUUGUGGAGGCAGAGAUUUUCGUGAACCUUGCUACUAUAUAGGAGAAUAUGUAGAUGGUUCCACAACAAGGGGAACUCUUUCUCAUGACAAGUUUGCAUUUGAAGGCUCUGAGAGGGAGCUUGUAGAUGUUGGACACUUGGAUUUUCGCGCUGUUCCAACUACUCUUCAUGGGAAUUUGUGGGGAACCAAACAAACAGACAAUGAGGAAUCAGUAAGCAGGAUAUAUUUUGGAUCAGAAAAUACUGCAUGGUGCUGCCAAACUCCAUUUGAUCAAGAGGAAAAGGCCUACUACUAUGUCACUCUGAAUGGAAUUAGCAUUGGUGAUCAAGAUGUUCCUCUCCCUGAUGGGAUUUUUAGUAUGAUAAGUGAUGGGGAAGGAGGGUUUGUUAUUGAUUCAGGCACAACUUAUGCGAUGCUUCGAUCAUUCGAUCAGAAGCAUAUGACGUAUUCGUCACGGCACUGUGAAAAGCCAUAUGCUUGCUGCAAAGGAGAGAUCCGAUGGAAUGGUUUGAGCAGUGUUUCGAGGGAAGUUUUGAGGACUUGGACUCUGCAGGACCAGAUGUUACAUUUCUUUUUUAUGGUGUACAAGUCAUGCUAA